UACAACAGACCUUAUAAUGAUAAUGAAAAUAUACUAUGAACAAUUAUAUACUAAUAAACAGUUUAGAUAAAGUGGAUAAAUUUCUUAAAAAAAAUAUAAAAACAAAAUCAAGAAGAAAAUUAACCCUACAUUUAUUGAAGAAAUUUUGUCUUAGGAGCAGGGCAAGCUUUGCCAGGCUCCAAGAAGAUAGUUGUAAGCAGGCCUUUUGGGGAGACUGGGGGCUGAAGUUGAUUCUUUAGGAUGAAAUGAGGUCACAACUAAUUCAAUGCAGAGAAGAGAAGACUAUCCUUUAGAUGGAGAACAGGAAAGGCAUACUGGUUUUCAGGAAAAGGGCAGGCCUGUUCAGGAGUCUCUGGAGCCCUGGAUCUUUAUGAGGCUUCCAUUCACCAAGUAGAAAUGGAAGUGGGGGAAGACUCACCCUAUGAAGCCAGUAAUCUGGUCCCCUUCAUGUUCAUCUCACUUUUUUUUUUGUUUACUUAAGAUUUUUCACCUUUCUUAUCCCAAUUUGUGCUCACAUGACCUUUCGUUUUCUCCAUUAGUUACUUAUUUUCUUUGCAGCCACAAUAUGUCAGUCACUUGACACUGCAGACCUCCCACCCAAUGAAACAAAACUCAUCUUUCCAAGGGUUCUGAGGAGGUAGAGGAAGUAGAACUGACCCAGAAACCGUGUUUCUGGCUGAUACCACCAGCUGAGCUGAACCAGCCAUUGAGCCGGACACCUGGCAUGGAGAAAAAGAAAGCUACAUAUAUAUUUUUUUUUUAACAUAGCUUUUCUGCAUCACCUUAACGAACAGAAUGACACCUGACGUCAGAUAACCUUGCAUCUCAUAUAAGGAGAUAUUCAAGAUUCAGCAUCUAAUUGGUGUUUGAACUUCAGAAAGUUUCCUUUUAUAUAGCGUCUGAUGGCAGGGAAGAUGUUAAGAAGCGUUUCUAUUGGCUCGGAAGAUGGCAGUGUCAGGGGAUGGGAUUAUAUGAACCCCUUCCUGCUGUGAGAGCCUCCAUUAAGGGCCAAGAGGACCCCUCAUGUAGUUUGGGGAAACUGAAGCUGUAACCCAAAGACAAGAGGAUCAGAGAACCAUGAACGGCCACUGCUUUCUCCAGGGUCUUGUCUGUCUGCUCUUUAGCAUCCUAUCGCGUGCUCAAGGUAGCAGACAGCUCCGCCUGGUGGACGGAGGCGGUCCCUGCGCCGGGAGAGUGGAGAUCCUUGACCACGGCUCCUGGGGCACCAUCUGUGAUUACCAUUGGGACCUGAACGAUGCCCGCGUGGUGUGCAGGCAGCUGGGCUGUGGAGAAGCCCUUGAUGCCACUGUCUCUUCCUCCUUUGGGGCAGGAUCUGGGCGCAUUUGGCUGGAUUACGUGAGGUGCACAGGAAAGGAGUCCCAUGUGUGGAAAUGCCCUUCCUGGGGCUGGGGGAAGCACUACUGUGAUCAUAGCCAGGAUGCAGGAGUCAUCUGCUCAGGAUUUGUGCAUCUGGUUGGAGGGGAUGGACCCUGCUCAGGGCGAGUAGAAGUGUAUUCUGGAGAUGCCUGGACCCCAGUGUCUGAUGGGAACUUCAAACUCCCUACUGCCCAGGUCAUCUGUGCAGAGCUGGGGUGCGGCAAGGCUGUGUCUGUCCUGGGACACGUGCCCUUCAGAGAAUCUGAUGACCGGGUCUGGGCUGAAGAGUUCAGGUGUGAGGGGGAGGAACCUAAGCUCCAGUUCUGCCCCAGAGUGCCUUGUCCAGGGGGCAGGUGUCACCACAGUGGAGCUGCUCAGGUUGUCUGUUCAGUGUACACAGACAUCCGGCUCAUGAAAAAUGGCACCUCUAGGUGUGAGGGGCAGGUGGAGAUGAAUAUUUCUGGACAAUGGAGAGCUCUCUGUGCCUCCCACUGGAGUCUGGCCAAUGCCAACGUUGUCUGUCAUCAGCUCGGCUGUGGCGUCGCCAUCUCCACCCCAAACGGAGCAGAAGGAAGUGAUCAACUCUGGAAAGCCCGAUUCCACUGCUCAGGGACUGAGUCCUUCCUGUGGCAAUGCCCUGUGACUGCCCUGGGUGUUCCUGACUGUUCCCAUGGCAACACGGCCUCUGUGGUCUGCUCAGGAAAUCAGACCCAGGUGCUGCCCCAGUGCAACGACUCCGUGUCUGAACCAGCAGGGUCUGCAGCCUCAGAGGAGAGCGCCCCCUACUGCUCAGACAGCAGACAGCUCCGCCUGGUGGACGGGGGCGGUCCCUGCGCCGGGAGAGUGGAGAUCCUUGACCAGGGCUCCUGGGGCACCAUCUGUGAUGACGGCUGGGACCUGGAUGAUGACGUGGUGUGCAGGCAGCUGGGCUAUGGAGAAGCCCUCAAUGCCACGGGGUCUGCUCACUUUGGGGCAGGAUCAGGACCCAUCUGGCUGGACGACCUGAACUGCACAGGAAAUGAGUCCCACGUGUGGAGGUGCCCUUCCCGGGGCUGGGGGUGGCACGACUGCAGACACAAGCAGGAUACUGGGCUGACAUCACCUGAGGACACAGACAAGCCUGGCAGCUGGAAGGUGAGGGUCACUGCCCGUUGUCCGAUUUCUCUCUCCUCAGACAGCAGACAGCUCCGCCUGGUGGACGGGGGCGGUCACUGCGCCGGGAGAGUGGAGAUCCUUGACCAGGGCUCCUGGGGCACCAUCUGUGAUGACGGCUGGGACCUGGAUGAUGCCCACGUGGUGUGCAGGCAGCUGGGCUGUGGAGAAGCCCUCAAUGCCACUGGGUCUGCUCACUUUGGGGCAGGAUCAGGACCCAUCUGGCUGGACGACCUGAACUGCACAGGAAAUGAGUCCCACGUGUGGAGGUGCCCUUCCCGGGGCUGGGGGUGGCACGACUGCAGACACAAGCAGGAUGCGGGGGUCGUCUGCUCAGAGUUCCUGGCCCUCAGGAUCGUGAGUGAGGACCAGCAGUGUGCCGGGUGGCUGGAAGUUUUCUACAAUGGGACCUGGGGUAGUGUCUGCCGCAGCCCCAUGGAAGACAUCACCGUGUCCAUGAUCUGCAGACAGCUUGGCUGUGGGGACAGUGGAAGUCUCAGCUCUUCUGUUGCUCUUAGAGAAGGUUCUAGACCCCGGUGGGUAGAUGGAAUCCGGUGUCGGAACACUGAUAACUCUCUCUGGCAGUGUCCUUCUGACCCUUGGAAUUACACUUCCUGCUCUCCCAAGGAGGAAGCCUAUAUCUCAUGUGCAGACAGCAGACAGCUCCGCCUGGUGGACGGGGGCGGUCCCUGCGCCGGGAGAGUGGAGAUCCUUGACCAGGGCUCCUGGGGCACCAUCUGUGAUAACGGCUGGGACCUGGACGAUGCCCGUGUGGUGUGCAAGCAGCUGGGCUGUGGAGAAGCCGUCAAUGCCACGGGGUCUGCUCACUUUGGGGAAGGGCCAGGGCCCAUCUGGCUGGAAACAUUGGACUGCACAGGAAAGGAAUCCCACCUGUGGAAGUGCCCUUCCCGGGGCUGGGGAGUGCAGAACUGCAGUCAUGAGAAGGAUGCAGGAGUCGUCUGCUCAGGAUUUGUGCGUCUGGUUGGAGACAAUGGACCCUGCUCAGGAAGAGUAGAAGUACAUCCUGGAGAAGGCUGGAUCUCAGUGUCUGAUGGAAACUUCACACUCCCCACUGCCCAGGUCAUCUGCGCCGAGCUGGGUUGUGGUGAGGCUGUGUCUGUCCUGGGACACGAGCUCUUCAGAGAGUCUGAUGGCCGGGUCUGGGCUGAAGAGUUCAGGUGUGAGGGGGCGGAACCUAAGCUCCAGUUCUGCCCCAGAGUGCCCUGUCCAGGGGGCACGUGUCACCACAGUGGAGCUGCUCAGCUUGUCUGUUCAGUGUACUCAGAAGUCCGGCUCAUGACAAACGGCUCCUCUCAGUGUGAGGGGCAGGUGGAGGUGAACAUUUCUGGACGAUGGAGAGCGCUCUGUGCCUCCCACUGGAGUCUGGCCAAUGCCAAUGUUGUCUGUCGUCAGCUCAGCUGUGGAGUCGCCAUCUCCACUCCCAGAGGACCACACUUGGUAGAAGAAGGUGAUCAGAUCUCAACAGUCCGAUUUCACUGCUCGGGGGCUGAGUCCUUCCUGUGGAGUUGUCCUGUGACUGCCUUGGGUGGGCCUGACUGUUCCCAUGGCAACACAGCCUAUGUGAUCUGCUCAGGAAACCAGACCCAGGUGCUGCCCCAGUGCAACGACUCCGUGUCUGAACCAGCAGGCUCUGCGGCCUCAGAGGAGAGCGCCCUCUAUUGCUCAGACAGCAGACAGCUCCGCCUGGUGGAUGGAGGAGGUCUCUGCGCCGGGAGAGUGGAAAUCCUUGACCAGGGCUCCUGGGGCACCAUCUGUGAUGACGGCUGGGACCUGGACGAUGCCCGCGUGGUGUGCAGGCAGCUGGGCUGUGGAGAAGCCCUCAAUGCCACGGGGUCUGCUCACUUUGGGGAAGGGCCAGGGCCCAUCUGGCUGGACGACCUGAACUGCACAGGAAAAGAGUCCCACGUGUGGAGGUGCUCUUCCCAGGGCUGGGGGCGGCAUGACUGCAGACACAAGGAGGACGCGGGGGUCAUCUGCUCAGAGUUCCUGGCCCUCAGGAUGGUGAGCGAGGACCAGCAGUGUGCUGGCUGGCUGGAAGUUUUCUACAACGGGACCUGGGGCAGUGUCUGCCGCAGUCCCAUGGAUGAUGUCACCAUGUCCGUCAUCUGCAGACAGCUUGGCUGUGGGGAGAGCGGAAGUCUCAACUCUUCUGUGGCUCUUAGAGAAGGUUCUAGACCCCGCUGGGUAGAUGGAAUCAAGUGCCGGAGUACUGAUACCUCUCUCUGGCAGUGUCCUUCUGACCCUUGGAAUUACAACUCCUGCUCUCCAAAGGAGGAAGCCUAUGUCUCAUGUGCAGGAAGAAGACCCAAGAGCUGUCCAGCUGCUGCCCCCUGCACAGACGGAGAGAAGCUCCGGCUCAGGGGAGGAGACCGCGAGUGCUCAGGGCGGGUGGAGGUCUGGCACAGCGGCUCCUGGGGCACCGUGUGCGAUGACUCCUGGAGCCUGGCAGAGGCCGAGGUGGUGUGUCAGCAGCUGGACUGUGGCCCGGCCCUGGAAGCCGUGCGGGCCGCGGCGUUUGGCCCUGGAAACGGGAGCAUCUGGCUGGACGAGGUGCGGUGCGGGGGCCGGGAGUCCUCCCUGUGGGACUGUGCCGCGGGGCCCUGGGGGCAGAGCGACUGCAAGCACGAGGAGGACGCCGGGGUGAGGUGCUCUG